GAGGAAGGAAAGCACUGAGACUUUGUGGUUUUGUAUUAAAAACGUUCAGCAUCCGAGGCGGAGAAGUACUUCGAAAACACGUACGAGAGUAAUUUGGGAGAAAUGAGAAGCAAAAACGAAUGAACAGGGGGGAGAAUGAGAGUGGGGAGAGAGAGAAAGCAAGAGAGAAAAAGAGAGAUAGAGGCUGAUCUGAUGAGGGGAGGAGAGAGAGUUGAAACAAUGAGAAGGAAAUGAUCAGCGAGCUGCAGCAGUAUCUGUGAGCCUGCAGAAAUCUGCACACUGUCUGGAUCUCAUUAAAGGUGGGCGUGUGGACCUCCUGACCCAGAGCUCCCCCACCCCACCUCUCACUCCACCCCUCCGCCUACUCCCCCAGCUCCAGAGCCGCUGGAGGGACCAUGGACGGACUGCGCCUACCACCACUCAUCGAGGAGGCGCUCGACUCCACAGAUGAAAGCAGCGAUCUGAAACCAGACGAGGCCAUCAUGAGCAGUGAGAUCACCGCCAAGGAGCGGGACGUGCUGGAGGAGAACAACGAGAAGGAGCAGAUGGAAAAGGAGGUUAAGGAGGAGAAGGCCGGCAAGGAGGAGGAGGACGAGGAGCCCCUCUCCCAGGAGCAGGAGCUGGAGGAGCUGCGGGCCCAAGUGCUGCAGCUGCUCCUGGAGCUGGAGGAGACGCGCGACACCUCCCAGAAGCACCAGGAGAGCUUCCAGGAGCUGCAGGGCCUAUUAGAGGAUGAACGCCUGGCCAGUGCCCACCAGGCUGAAGCCUUCACUCGCCAGAUACAGCGACUCCAAGCCCAGCUGCGCUCGGUGCAGGAGGAGAUGGACAGCCUGGAGGAGGAGAAGGAGAGCGAGCUGAGGGAGGCGCAGGAGGAGCUGCACGCCGCCCAGGAGGAGGUGGUGUUGCUGCAGCAGGCGGCCGAGGACGCGGCGGCCGAGCGCGAGAACGACAUCGCCAGCCUCCAGGAGGAGAUGUGUCGCCUGCGCGCCCAGCUGCAGCGGCUGCAGGACACGGCGCAGGAGUACGAGCUGGAGAUCACCACGCUGCGCGCCGAGAUCGCCAUGAAGAGCCAGCGCCGCGAUGAGGAGCGCCGCGAGGGUGGCGUAUGCCAGCUGAGGGAGGAAUGCAUGACGCUGAAGGAGGAGUGUCAGACCCUGAAGGACGACAACAGACGACUGUCCGAACGACUGCACCUGCUCCAGAGGAUGGGAAGCAGCUCUGGUAGUGUGUACAUGACCCUGAAGGAGGAACUGGAGGACGGGACGUCUCCAGACGGAGGCGUCUCCUCGCAAUCGUCCGGCACCAACUGCCGGCUGGUGGACGCCUCCAUCCAGAAGAACAUCUCCUUCGACGGCAAGCCUGUCACACCCACUGCCUGGACAGGGGGGAUCUCCGAGAUCUUCUCCCUCAGGGACCAGCUCAAACAAGCGGAGGAGAGGGCCUCACAAGCGCAGAGAGAUUGUGACAGUCUGAAGAUGGAGCUGCGAGAGCUGCAGAUGCUGUAUGACACCAGCCAGCGGGAGAGGGCCGAGCUGGAACUGGAGCUACUGCGCUGCAGAGAGGAGCUGGACCGCCUGGCCGAGAAAGGCCUGCAGAUCUCCUCUCUCUCAUCUGAGCCCCCUCUUCUCUCUGUGCCUUUCGUAGGAAUGAUUGUAAUAGUGGCCACUUUCUGGUGCUGGUGGUCCGAGCUGUCAUCUUAGAAGAUGAAAGGUACGAAUGUGGAGGAAUGUGGAGCCUGGUCUGGGCCUGUGGUCACAGCAGCGGUGGCAGCUAUGGUACUGCUUUCGUCCAGCCACACAAGAUUUACAUCCCGAUGAUAUUAUUGGCACUGCCUGUGAGGCGACGCUGCAACUAAAACCUUGUUAAAAAAAAAAAGAUUUUUUUCUUUCUUUUUUCCCUUGUUUGGAUCACCACCACCACCACGUUUUGCUGGAACCUACAGUACCCACGGCUUUCCUCUAUGAGACUUUCUAAUAGGAGAUAUAUUGAGGAGGGCAUUUUUGGAAGAUUUCUGAACCAAAGCAGAUGGAUUUGAAAGACGUAUGAAGGAGACCUGGCCAGGUGUGGUUUGGGCAAUAAUGUCUGUGUUAUCCCUCUGAGGGGGGUGACUGCAGUGUCCAGCAGGAGGAGAACAGCCCGCUCCUUUGUGUAUUACUGGUCAGACUUUACUGUCUACUUUCUCUCUCCCUUGAUAUUCCUUUCCUUCUUCAUGUCCUUUGUAAUUCUGUGGUAGCCUAUAAUCUACAGCUUUAGAAGCUUUAGAUAUAGAUAUAUCUUUAAUUUAUUCAGCUAUUUAAUUUCCUUUGUAUAUAGUAAGUCUGUUUUUGUGUUGAUAUUGUGUACUUAAUAGAGACUCAAUGAUGAAUUGUCAUUGUUAGCAAGCUGAUGGGGGGGGGGAUUAAAGAUGUAUUGAACGCAAUAAGGCAUAUCCAUAGAGGCAUGGAAUUACUUGGGAGGGAAGUUUUUAAUGAAAGCCACUUUCAGAUUUAAUUAAUUCCUAACUCAGCUCUGAGUUUUGUUUAAUAUUGGCGGCUCCCCUCUCAGCCCUUUCUGACAGUUGACAGUUAGCAUGCCAAUACUAUCCUAAAACUCCCACUAGCCAGCUGAUGAGAAUACCUCAAAUAUACAUCCUCCCAUAAUGUGUGUGUGUGUGUGUGUGUGUGUCUUUGUGUGUGUGUCUUUGUGUGUGUGUCUUUGUGCAUGUGUGUGCGUGUGUGUGCAUGUUUGUGCGUGCAUGUGCGUGCGUGUGUGUGUACCUGUGUGUUUAUAUGUCACCAUUGCAUUACAUGGUCUCAACAUGGUGAUAUAGCUUAAUGUAACUGGAACUUGUAUGACUGACUGAUGUUUUCUUUUGGAACGAUAUUUUCAUAGAAAUGUUUAGAUUUUGCAGGUAUCGUCACUGAAAUGUGAAAUGAAACAAAUCUUUGCAGGUUAAUCUCUUUUUAUAUCAAAUGACAGCUACGCUUAACCACCAGUUUGUCCAUGUGACUUACGUGUUUUCACUUAAACAAUUGAGAAGCAUUUCUCAGAGAUUAUUAACAUAUUCGUUUAAAUGAAAUAUCUAUGAACGACUAAAAACUAACCAAAAACUAACAAAACAAAAAGUAUUUGUUGCUCAUUCGACACAUACACAUAUUCAUAGACAUAUCCAUGUGUUAUAUUGGCCCACAAUGAAUAAUAUAUAGCCUUUUAUUAAAUGAACAUCUCAUUUAAUUACUGACCCAUUCUCUCCAAAACCUCUCACUUGAAUGACUCCUGAGUACAUGAUAGAGAUGUGUGUCUGGCCGAAUGGCUCACACGCACACGCACACGCACACACACACGCACACGCACGCACGCACACACGCACGCACGCACGCACACACACACACACACACACACACACACACAAUUCUGAGUAAUUACAUGAUAGAGAUGUGUGUCUGGCUGAAUGGCAUCAAGCCAGACACUGACAUUUCCACAGUUUUGUCUUAGUUCAUUCUAGACUUGUGAGUCUGAUGGCAGUGGCACCGGUUCUACUGUAAAUGCGGUGACAUCUGAUGGUUAAUUAGCGCCAUACCUUUAAGGGUGGGGGCUUCCAAAAAUGUCAAGCAUGCACUGACAGUUAAAUCUUUACCCUUAAUCGUUUUCUGCAUCAUAUACUGUAUGGCAUUGACAAUGAAAAUAGCUGCCAUUUUAUGCUUCACUGAUAUUAUUAACUUUUCUCACCAUCUCCCAAACACGCUCAAAUGAACAUAAAAGCACACCCCACCCUGGCAGUGAUCAACAGACACCCGCUGAACACAGCAGUAACACAGCAGUAAGAGUCCCAGGGCAAACAGCUGUGGCCCACUGAGCAGCUUCUAAGAAUGUUUACAGGGAUGUGCUCGCCAUGCGUGCACUUUGAGCUACUUCACAAAGAGACACUUCCACUCAAAUCUUAUAGAUCCCUGUGAUGAACACACAGCCUAUCCCAGCCAAGUCUCCCACACAACAACCCCUCAUGAACCAUGCUUUGCUUUCAGGCUCCAGGCCACUAACAACAGUCGCCUACUUAUGACUGCAGUGACCUCACAUGGGAAUGGCUGGCUCAGCUUGUUUUGCGUGCUUUUUUUUUUUUUGGAUCUCUGGUCUUAAAAGAGGGCCGACGGUACUUGUGUGUGAGAAUGUAGAGUAUCUACAUUCCAGGGCAUGUCUUAACUGUUUGAUUUGUUUCCUUAACAAGCAGGUACGCUUGACUUAGUUGAGCACCAUAAUAAAAGCAUGCAUUUCACCCACUCUUAAUAUUUAAACUGACCUUUGCAUUAAAACUUGGUCAAAUGGAAUAGAUGACAUUCACUCUGAUUAUGAGAUGAAUGUGAAUUAAAUAGACAGAUUUUCUGCAAAGAACUGCAGGUACUGUUGCUAGGCAUUAUAGUUGUGAUGGAGUCUUAACAUUUGAGCAUUUUGUAUUGUAAAAACUGUCAGUCAAGUAUUUAGUCAAUAAUAUUGUAUCUCUGUAAUGUCUUUCUGUAGCUCAUGGCAGACACUGGAUAACACUAAAGACUUUACAAAGUUUCACACAAGGGCCAUUAAUGAUUUGGACUUGCAUAAAUGAAACAGCACAUACUACCAUAAAAUAUGUAACUGUCAUAUUUUGAACUUAACUUUUUCUUUCACUCUCUUACUUGCAGUGCAUCUGCUGUAAAUAAUGCUAUUGUGUUCAAGUUCUUGGCUUAAUAAGCUGCAUCAGAAAAACUAAAUAUUCAUAUCAGAUAACCUGAUAAAUAUUGCUUUUUAGAAUAUUGAUAUAUGAUAUAUUUUGACAGAUUGUUGUUUAUUUGUUAACCUAAUGUUGUAAUAGAGCGGUAUGCACAGUUUUUGUCAAGGAAAAUCUUUAACAUUUUCAAACUCCUGUCACAUGUGAUUUUAGUAGCAGGUAGCAUUUGCAUGCAGAUAUGAUAGACAUUCUCUAUCUCUAGUGAACACAUACAAAGUGUUGAAUGUGGUCAAGGAGUUGGUGUUUCAUGUAGAAAUCCAAAUAAAGCAAUAUAUUAUCUGGGGUCUGUAGGGCGCUUGUUAGUACAGCGAAUGUAACAUUUCCACUGAUAAUGCAAGUCUUCACCAUCUUUUUAUAGACAAUAGGACGUCACACAGAGGCUGACAGGAAAGGAAGACUAAUGAGGAUAGUUAUUUCCUCCCUUGAAAUUAAGUGUGACACUAAAUAGAAAACGCAUGUGAUAUUAAGAUCUCAUCAGCUCACGUUUUCUAGGUCCUUCUCGUGACCUAACCGCAAUGACAAACAAUAUGAAAUGUAUGGCCAAAUUAUUUAACAAAUAAAUAUGUUUGGUUGAAAUGCCAAAAUCUUGCUUUUAAUCCGAAAGAAAAGUAGAUUGAUGACAUUGAAGUGUUACUAUAUGGUAUUGACUGCAAUAUAGACCCAACAUUGUACCUAUUAAUUAGAGCUGCAUGUGUUUAAAAUUGCAUCGACUGUAGUUGUCAAAUGCUUGCUAUUUUUAGUUGUUUCCUAUUUGGCUUGCUGUUUCAAACAAUAUCUGUGGCUUUUUUGUUAUUUGGAAAGUAUAUUUUGUACCAUAAAUGUUUUAUGAAAUAAAAUAUCUCCUGGCUAAUGA